AGCGAUAAAGACUUCCCGGAACCGGAAACAGGAGAAGACGCUGCUGGUGUACUUCCUGUUUGUGUCGGCGUGUGUGAAUCGUUAGAGAUUCCUUCAGUUCUUCUUCCUCACACGGAUUCUUCAUCAGCUCAUAAACAGCAACAGCAGCAGAGAUGGCGAGAAACGCUGAGAAGGCCAUGACGGCUCUGGCUCGGUUCAGACAGGCUCAGCUGGAGGAGGGAAAAGUCAAGGAGAGGAGACCUUUUCUGGCGUCGGAGUGCAGUGAACUUCCUAAAGCUGAGAAAUGGAGGCGACAGAUCAUCAGUGAGAUCUCAAAGAAGGUGGCUCAGAUCCAGAAUGCUGGUCUCGGGGAGUUCAAGAUUCGGGACCUGAAUGAUGAGAUCAACAAGCUGCUGAGAGAGAAGGGUCACUGGGAGGUCCGGAUUAAAGAACUGGGAGGACCGGACUAUGCGCGAGUCGGUCCGAGGAUGUUGGAUCAUGAGGGGAAGGAGGUUCCAGGAAAUCGAGGAUACAAAUACUUUGGAGCAGCCAGAGACCUGCCCGGAGUCAGAGAGCUGUUUGAGAAGGAGCCUGCCCCGGCGCUGAGGAAGACGAGGGCGGAGUUGAUGAAGGAAGUGGAUGCAGAGUAUUACGGUUACAGAGACGAAGACGACGGAGUGCUGCUUCCUCUGGAGACGCAGUACGAGAAACAAGCUGUGUUGGAGGCGGCGCAGAGGUGGAAAGCGGAGAAGGACGCUCGUCUGUCAGGAGACAAACAACAGGAGGAAGAGGAGGAGGAGGAGGAGAAGAGCAUCUAUACCAUCCACAAGGAAGAGCCUGAUGAUGAGGAGAGCCGGGAGGAGCAGGAGGGAGAGGAGGGGGGUGUCACCUUCAUCGCACACGUACCUGUUCCUUCACAGAAAGAGGUGGAGGAGGCUCUGGUCAGGAGGAAGAAGAUGGAGUUGUUGCAGCGUUACGCCAGCGAGACUCUUCAGGCUCAGAGUCAAGCGGCAAGAACUCUGCUGGGACUGUAACCCGUCUGUCUGUCUGUUAACUGUCUGUCUGUUGAUGUAAAUAUCAGCUAAUUUUUAUACUCGGCCUGUUUCUUAUUAAAACAUUGUUCAGCUCA